AGAAUGCUCCAUAUGGCCUCAGAAAGACCUUAACUUCUCCUUUUAACUCCAAAGCAUUGGAUGUGUUGAAUGCCAAUGGAUGUAUUGAAUUCCCACUCUCCUUUAAACUGUGCUUGUAGGAUCAGCAAGUACAUGAAACAACAAACAAAUGGCCUCAGAGAGGAGUUGUUUGCCUUACAGCGUUAGGUCAAUUUGUUUGACUGUAUCAGCUGUGGUUUCCACACUGGUUUUGCCCUGGAAAGGAGCUCUGCUGCAUUAGCCUUUGAAAUGCUGAACGUGUGGCCUAAAACCCAUCUGCUCUGAAGCGUAGGACCCCCUUCCACUAGAGCAGCUUGUUUAUGGCUGGUCUUGUUACCCAGUGUCACACCAGAAGUUGCUUUGGGGCUUGUCAUCCUCUCCAGUGGGGACUGUGCUGGGAUGAAGGGUGACCAUGGGAUGACCCAGGGGGCCAUGGUCCCAACUGCUCCGUGCAUCCUGGGUUUGACAUUCCCGCAUCUCUGCCACAGUGGGUUACUUUGGGUUUGCAUUGUGAGAAAUGGGAAUUCCAGGUUGCUGUAAUUGAGUGGGGAGGAGGAAAAGCCUCAUCGUUCGAGAUGCAAACAGUGAUUGCAGACCCAGCUGAGUCCCUUCUACAGCUCACCUGCAAAAUCAAGUCACUUGAAAUGACUUUAUUCCAUUCAGUGGGAAUGCUGGAGUGAUGCUGCUGUCUGACAAGCUGUGCUGGGCCUGGCAUAAAGUCCACCUUAGGAAGGGAUCCGAGGAGACAGUUUUAGCUGCUGAAUGCUGACAAGUUCUGGGUGAGACUGGAGCAGAAAACAGGAGUGGUUUGGGGUGUUCCUGUGUUCAUUGAAAGCAGCCAGAACUGUUCCACAUGGGGAGAGAUGUCCCAUCAGGGACUCAUAACGCCAGUGGUCCUGCCCAUCCCACAUCACAUCCUCCUGGGUAAAGCAGCAUUAACCCCAACAACCCAGCACCAUUAACCUGGACUAGGAGGACCGAAAGGAACUGAAGUUGACUUCCACAUGAAGAGUCCUAUCCAAGCAUCAGUUGGCUCUAAAGAAUCAUGGUGCCAAAGAAGCUGAGAGGGAUGGAGAUCGUGGCAACAGACCAGCUUUGGGCUCAGCAGCGGCACCAGAGGGUGAGCUGCUCCUACAGGCAGAUGUCAUGCACCAGCGCAUCUUUGAGCUGAUCCACACUGAGGACCAUCCUGAAUUCAAAUGUAACCUGCACUGGGCCCUCCACUCACCCCAUGCUCCCAAGGAGGAGCCUUCUCCAGCAGGCUUUACACCUUCAAGGCAGGCUGAAAUUCCUGUAUGGGCAGAACAAACGGUCUGAAGAUGAGUCUGCACUGCCACCCCAGCUCUCCCUCUUUACCAUCUCCACCUCCUUCCCCCCAUCCAUCCUGCAGGUCCACGCCAAGAACAUGAUCUUCAGGACAAAGCACAAGCUAGACAUCACCCCCUUGGCAUGUGAUGCCAAGGGGAAGAUAGUUUUGGGCUGCACCGAGGCGGAGCUGUGGAUGUGUGGCAUGGGGUACCAGUUUUUCCACGCCGCUGACAUGCUGUACUGUGCUGAGAACCAUGUCAGGAUGAAUCCCAGCCUGCAGCAAAAGGAGGCUCCUGGCUUGAGCCCACUGGGAGAGGUGACAUCUGAUGCUGCCUGCAUCCACGAGGCUGAAAGCUCUGGUCCCCUAACAGCAUCACAGAGGCCGGGAGCAGAUGUCUCCCAGGGCCCAAAGGCAGCAGAGAGCAAGGAGCUUCGGAACAUCUGGAACGUGCAAUGCUUUGGGCCCAAUCCUGAGUUCAGUGGCUAGCCAGGUACACAGCCUUCUGUGCCCAUGAUCUUCACACACAAUGGGCUUUAGAUGCAAGGCACUUGUCCGAAGAAAUAUAUUUAUGUAUCCUUUGGAUAGGUCCAAGGACUUUCCAAGCCUGGCUUGUGAUAUAAAGAAUGAGGGAUCAUCUCAGUCAUCAUCCAGCUCACUUCUAGAAGGUACUUUUGAAUAAUGGGAUUGUUGUUGCUGUUAUAUUAUUAUCAUGAUGAUGAUUCUUUUCUGGACCAAAGGAAGUUGGGCUUGGAUGGGCUGAAACUUGUAUUUGAGCUCAUUUGUGGAGCAUAACAGACACAUUGGCUGGACUCUUCUGAGGCUCUCUCUGUAUUACAGUGGUCCCAUGUGGUUCAGUUCAUUCCCAAAGGGUGAUCAGCCAGAUCAGCUUUACCUCUGCAGAACAGCCUCUGCAGGAACAGGCUUCUCCUUCCCCACCCCUGGAGAAGGAGGAAGGUUUAUAGGUCUGAUCCUGCCUUUCAAGUAUUUGCCUGCAGUUUUGGAGUUGUUUUCCCGAGCUGUCCAUAUUCCUGCCAGUGGCUGACUCCAGGGAAUCUCUUUACCAGUGCAGGCACGAAAGGAGCACUAGGAAAGGAACAGGCUAAGCAUUACCGUGCUGCCUGCGCCCCUGUGGAGGUAAUCUCGUAGUUAUUUUAGACUCCAGCUGGGAAGCAACUCUGAUCCCAGCUUUUGCAAUAUCCUGCCAAGCCCAUGCUCCAAAUCUUGCUGCCUGUGAGCAAGGCAGACCAUGCAGUGAGAGGCUGCCAGCGUCAACCUGGAGAGAGGCUUUGGACAAGGGCCUGUAGCGACAGGACAAGGGGAAUGGCUUUAACCUGCC